UUUGGACUGUCAGAGAUGGGCUGUCUGCUUCACUAUUGCCUGCGCUCCUUAUCUGCUUCUCUUUCCACCCAUUGGUAAUUGAGGGUGGCCGCAUGCCAGUAACAGUCCGGAGUGAGGGCGGAGGGGGUGGAGAGGAAGAAGCACAGAAACAGAGGAGACAGAGAGCCUGCUGGAAGGGGGCAAGCGUUCAUUCAGCAGAGAAACAUGUGCCCUUCUCCCAAAAUGUUGUUUCUGCAAACCCAGGACAGUGAGCAGUAUUGAUCACCAGCCAUCAAUGACAGGAUUUAUAGGAACUCACACAACGGAUUGGACGCUUACUGGUGUACAGUUGGAACUUGGUACAGCUGCAUAAUGGCUUACAAAGCAACAUCCAUGCAUUGUGUCUUGAGAUGCCUCUGCUUCAUGCUUCUGGCUUUGUUUAAUGCAGCUCAAGAUGAAGAUAUAAGAAGUUGUAGGACCGCACCAUGUGAUUUGGUCUUUAUUCUAGACGGCUCGUGGAGUGUUGAAGAUGUCAAUUUUGAACUUGUAAAGCGUUGGCUUGUCAACAUGACAACAAGCUUCAACAUUGGACAGAAGUUUACCCAGGUUGGAGUCGUCCAAUACAGCGACGACCCAGUUUUAGAAAUACCUCUGGGGAAGCAUUUCUCCACCAAAGAGCUCAUCAAAGCAAUGGAGUCCAUUGAGUACAUGGGGGGAAACACAAGGACAGGCACAGCCAUUGAGUUUGCAACUAAGAAACUGUUUGGCCUGUCUGAACGCGGCCCCGCAGGCAUCUCCAGAAUUGCUGUCGUCCUCACAGACGGGAAAUCUCAAGAUGAGGUUUUGAAAGCGGCGGAGGCAGCAAGGAAAAAAGGAAUAAUUCUGUUUGCAAUCGGCGUUGGGCCAGAGACAGAAGUCUUACAGUUGCAAAACAUUGCAAACAAGCCAUUUUCAACGUAUGUCUUCUCUGUUGAGGACUACAAAGGUAUCUCCAGGAUCAUACAGGUCAUACGACAGAAACUGUGCGAAGAGACUGUUUGUCCAGCUAGAAUUUCCAUAGAUUCCCGCGACGAGAAAGGAUUUGAUAUCCUGUUACAUUUAAAUUUGGCUAAGAAAGCAAAGAAAAUACCGGGAACAUAUUACGGCACCAAGGCCUAUGAAGUGACAUCUCGUGUCGACUUGAGUACAGCUACCCGGACCCUUUUCCCCGAUGGCCUGCCUCCAUCGUAUGUUUUUGUGGCCACGCUGAGGUAUAAAGGAACCGUGGCAAUAGAGGAGUGGGACGUGUGGAGAAUACAGACGCGCGAUGGGAAACCUCAGAUGGCGGUCACUCUGAAUGGAUUGGAACGCACCGUCAUGUUCACCACAACCAGCAGCGCAUCAAGUGGAACUCAGACAGUUACGUUUUCACAGUCCACAGCAAGGAAGCUGUUUGAUGAGAAAUGGCACCAGCUUCGCCUGCUGGUCACUGAGGAGGACGUUACUCUUUAUGUUGAUGACCUGGAGAUUGAAACCCAAUCCUUGGAGCCCCCUGUCGGUAUUUUCAUCAACGGAAAAACCCAAGUGGGAAAGUAUGUCAGAAAGGAAACAACCGUGCCAUUUGAAAUCCAGAAACUUCGCAUUUACUGUGACCCGGAGCAGAGCAACCGAGAGACGGCGUGUGAAAUACCUGGAGUUUGCGCCAACAGUCCUGAUUACACAGAACCAACUCCAGAACCUUGUGUUUGUCCUCCUGGCGCCCCAGGACUUCCAGGAAUGAAGGGAGAAGAAGGGAACACUGGCAGAUCUGGUCAGCCUGGACCUGCUGGUGCUGAUGGUAAGCCUGGUAUCCCUGGCAUUAGAGGUAGUCCAGGCCUAACAGGUCCACCAGGAGUAGAGGGUCCACGUGGGACGGAUGGGUUCAAAGGCGAACAAGGGAGGCCUGGUGUUUCGGGUGAAAAGGGUUUGCCUGGAUUACCAGGACCACCUGGAAAGCAAGGAGAGAAGGGCUCAAUCGGAUUGAGCGGAAUUGCAGGUUUGCCUGGGAAAGCUGGUCAAGUGGGAGAAAAGGGAGGUUUGGGACCUCCUGGGCCACCGGGUUAUCCAGGAGACCCAGGCCUACCCGGGAGAGAUGGAAAUGUUGGAUUUCCAGGCAGAACUGGUCAAAAGGGAGAAUCUGGGGACAGUGGUCCUCCCGGCAUUGACGGAAGGGAAGGCCAUCCUGGUAUGCCUGGGUUGCCAGGGAUUGCAGGCCUGACCGGACAAAAGGGGGAAGCUGGUUCGCCUGGACCCAGAGGCUUCACGGGAUUGGCUGGACCAUCUGGUGAAAUGGGUUUACCCGGUGCACCAGGUAUAAAAGGACCAAUUGGACUCAAGGGGAAUAAAGGUGAAAGUGGAAGUCCAGGUACACAAGGAACACCGGGGCCUGCGGGGAGUUCGGGAGUACCGGGGACAGUAGGUCAGCCGGGACACACGGGCAUGCCAGGCCUGAAGGGCAGCAAGGGACAAAGAGGAAAUCCAGGGGAAAGAGGAGAGGCGGGAAUGAAAGGGGAAAAAGGGGGUAAUGGUCGGCAAGGGGAACACGGCUCCACUGGUCCAAUGGGACUAAAGGGAGCGAAAGGAACAGCGGGAGAUCCGGGGCCGAGAGGUCAGGAGGGUCAUGUGGGCCGGCCUGGACAAUCGGGUCAGUCCGGCCCCCCCGGAGCCCGAGGGCUGCAGGGGGACAGUGGUGUUCCUGGCCCACCGGGACCAGAAGGAAGACCAGCCAGUCAAAUGUCUGACAGUCACAUUCAGCAAAUCUGCAGAGAGUUGCUUCAGUCUGAGCUGCAUUUGUUGUUGCUGAGCAACCAGCAGAGUAGCUGUGCCACGUGUCACAGCCGGCCUGGAUCUCCUGGUCCUCCAGGUCCAACUGGGCUCCAGGGACUCAGGGGCCUUCCAGGACUCAGUGGUUCCAGGGGAACGCCGGGCCGCCCAGGUCGGCCAGGGCGCCCUGGUAUUAACGGGCUGAAAGGAGAACCGGGUUCUAUGGGUGAGAAAGGGAGCCCUGGCCGGACAACAGCUGGAGACCAGGGGCCACCAGGGCCUCCAGGUCCAAUGGGGCCCCACGGGUACAGUAAGCCGGGUCCUCCAGGUAGGCCUGGAUCACCUGGUCUAAACGGAGUGGAGGGUAAAAGUGGCCGUGCUGGCAGCCCUGGUCAGCCUGGGGUGUGUGAUCCGUCCAUGUGUUACAGCAGCAUUAUGAGGCGGGAUCCUUACAGCAAAGGGCCAAACUAUUGACGCACGCGGCGUCACUGCAGGCACAAGUCUAGAGCUGAUGUGGAACAAACGGACAUUCUCAGGAAGAUCUCAUCUUUAUAUUUUCACUCUGUCGUGAAAACAAAACGGACCUCCUCUAUCACCAGUUACGUGAUCUCAGACAACAGAACUAUCACGUUUUUCUCUGUCGUUGUUUUGCAUCACUAUUCACCGUCUUUGAACAUACUUUAAGGUUUUAAUGGUGUUACGUAAAAGAGUUAAUGGUGCGCUCCAUUUAUUAGCUCUCUUCGAGCGGUGUGGGUGGUGAAUUUUCUCGUAUUGCCCCUUGGUGUUUCUUCAUUCAACGUCACUCUCUAAAUUUUCAACACACAUUGGAUUAGUGGUAUAUUUUCUGUUAAAAAAACACACACACCAUGAUCUAUAAAUUCCAUGUUCAAUGAAUAGUUGAACCACAUAUUAUGUGUUACAUUUGCAUGUUUCAAUACAAGACUGUGAUUUCCUGUAGCUGAUUGUGAUCUGCUGUAAGCCUGUGUGUUCCCAAAGCAUUUAGUUUGACUGUUGAGCUAUUAACUCUUAAAACAUUUUUAGACAGAUAAUAUUGUGUAUCACGCUAAAUAUAUAAUUUAACUCUUAUCAGAAUCGUUCACGUGUCAUUUUAUUGCAAGCAGGAAGAAAAAUGUUUCACCGUCUAAAACAUACUGAGAUUUCACUUUGAAUUAUGUCAUUUAUGUUCCCAUGGAUUACCUUUCAUUACUGUAGCAGGUAUUUUAAUGUUAUUUAUAGUUGUAACUGUGUAUUUCAGAGGUGACAUCUCUUAAAGAGUUUUUGUAAUUGUAUAAUUUUGUUAAAGGUGACUUUUGUAUGAAUCUUUCUCCUCUUUUUGUAUUAGAAUAAAAACAUCAUAAUGA